AUGGGCAAACUUCAGAGCAAGUUUCGUAAGAGGUCUGAGCUCUACAGAGCGUCUCAGGGUGAGAAGGCUGAUAGUCCUUUGGACAGCCAGGUGCUACAGUAUGAACCUGCCCAUCAGGGCUCCAUCAACACUGUGACCAACCUCAGCCCAGAUCUGUGUGUUUCUGGUGGGAGUGACCAGGCUGUAGUGGUGUAUGAUUGGAAACAAGGCCAGAUGUGUCAGUCCUUCCUGGGUCACAACAGAGAGGUUACCAAGGUGAUUUGUUAUCCUGGCAGCACAUGGAUCUUCAGUGCCUCUCGGGACAAGUCCGUUCUGAUGUGGGACCUGAACCAGGGAGAUGAACCCAUUCAGGAGUUUUGCGGACAUGAAUUGGUGGUCAAUGGACUAGCUAUCAGCCCUGAUGGGAGAAAGCUUUGCACCGGCUCCCGUGAUAACUGGAUGUGCCUGUGGGAUAUAGAAUCUGCAAAAUGUGAACAGAGACACAACGUCUCUAGAAACCUGGUGACUCAUGUUUGUUGGGUGCCAGCCAGUUCCUCUAUAGUCCAAACCUCAGAGGACAAAACCAUAAGGGUGUGGGACAGUCGUACGUGGCAGGUGACCAAUACAUUUCCGGCGAAGCAGUACAUCCAGACCCACUGUGACGUUUCUCCAAAUGGUAACUACUUGGUGUCCAGCAGCAACGGCUUCGGAGGCCAGGGCAGUGAAGCCACGCUGUGGGACCUGCGCCUACCUGGCUGUAAAGUUGUGGAGUACAGAGGUCAUGUUCAGACCACAGCCUGCUCUAUGUUUCUGCCCACGGCUCCUGGUGCCACAGCCCAGGUAGCAACGUCCUCUCAUGACAGCUCGGUGAAAAUCUGGGAUCAGAACACAGCAGUCUGUUUAGGGACGCUGUCUUUAGACGGUGCUGGGCCACUGGUUUCUCUGGCUCCCAGUGAUUCCACCAAUUUGCUGUGUGCCAGCUUCAGCUCUGGUCUUCAUCACAUCCGACUGGACCAGGGUUCCCACCCGGCUCAGGGUUCUGGUGCCGCUUCAGGAGACCUGGACAUUAGAGUUGUGGCGCGUUUUUGACGACGCUGAAGAUGAACCUGGUGAGUUGUGAAAGUGACCUGCGUUGUUGGCUCUUUGACUUUGCCAAACAGAGGAAUGUCAGAAGAGUUGUGGCAGCAACCGGAGCAUGAUGUGAGGACGACGCACCUUUUUGUCCAGAAGACACCAAUCGAUGCCUCUCAUCUGGACUAAGUUACUUUGGGUAAAAAUAAAACCGAGCUGGAUUGACAUGUCCCAUUAAAGAGCAAGGUUUAUUAUGGAAAGAUUCAAAUCAGAAAAUGGACCUGGAUGAUUUAAGUGUUUGGACCUUUAACUCAC